CUGGUGAAAUACUUCAGCCGCCAGCUCUCCUGCAAAAGGAAGGUGUCUCUGCAGGAGCGAAAUGCCAAGCUGGAGGGCUUCCCACAGCUCUGGCACUGGUUCCGCAUCGUCAACAUCCGCAAGGAGGUCAUGGAGGAAAUCGCCUCUGGGCAACUGAGUCUGGAAGACCUUUUAGAGAUGACAGACGAGCAGGUCUGCAAGACGGUGGAGAAAUUUGGGGCUAACUGGGAAGAAUGCGCCCGACUCAACGCCUCGCUCUCCUGCCUCCGGAACGUGUACAAGUCAGGAGGUAGUCUUUCCAAACAAGACUGGACCAUCCAGUGGCCAGCCACGACCGAGGCCAGCAGCAAAGAAAACAGCAUCAUGUGCCAAUCCGAAUCCAUGCAGUGGAUCCGAACUCACCUCUCUCUGAGUCCCAAGCCCAGGUCCAAGUGCGCUCCACACUACUGCCACCCCACGUUGUCCCACGAGCUUGUCUACACGCACACGGACAGGCUAACCGUGGAGGGUUUUCCAGGACUCUGCCCUCCGCUGGAAUCUGGCCACCGCUCCUUGCCCCCUUCCCCACGCCAGCGGCAUGCAGCCCACACCCCGCCCUGCACUCCGAAUAUAAUCGCCACCAUGACCGCUCCAGGGACGCCGCCAGUCCGGAGGAGGAACAAAGUGAGACCCCCGGGCACACCGCCUCCUUCGUCUCGGAAGCUGAUCCACCUCUUCCCGGGCUUCACCGUCUUGCACCGGAGCAAGUCUCACGAGUUCCAGCUGGGCAAUCGGGUGGACGAGUCUCACACCCCCAAGGUCAAGAAGAAGGACAAGCCCCUGAACCUCAAGAUUCACAACAGUGUGGGGAGCUGUGAGAACAUCCCUGCUCAGCGCUCUCCUCUCCUGUCUGAACGAUCCUUGCGGUCCUUUUUCGUCGGGCACCCUCCCUUCCUCCCUUCCACUCCUCCGGUCCAUACGGAUGGCACGUUCUCCACAAAUACGCUCUCAGUACCUCGCUGGUCCCCCCAAAUUCCUCGACGGGAUCUUGGAAACUCAAUCAAACACAGGUUUUCCACAAAGUAUUGGAUGUCCCAGACGUGCACUGUCUGCGGGAAAGGAAUGUUGUUUGGGCUGAAAUGUAAAAACUGCAAGCUAAAGUGCCACAACAAAUGUACCAAAGAGGCCCCACCUUGUCAUCUGCUGAUCAUCCACCGUGGAGGUAAGACAAGAUUAGUCCGGACAGAAUCCGUGCCAUGUGACAUCAACAAUCCUCUGCGGAAACCCCCCAGAUAUUCAGACCUGCCCAUCAGCCAGACGCUCCCCAAAACCAACAAAAUCAACAAGGAUCACAUUCCAGUGCCCUACCAGCCUGAUUCCAGCAGCAAUCCCUCCUCCACCACAUCGUCCACUCCUUCUUCACCAGCUCCUCCCCUGCCACCCAGCGCCACGCCACCUUCGCCCUUGCACCCCUCCCCGCAGUGCACGCGGCAACAAAAACAGUUCAAUUUGCCAGCUUCUCACUAUUACACGUACAAGCAGCAAUUCAUUUUUCCAGAUGUUGUGCCUGAGCUGCCCACCCGACCACCUCAAGUUGUCCUCCAUCCCGUGAAUUCAGACCCAAUCCGAGAAGGGAAUCCAGUACUUCAAAUUGAAGUGGAGCCAACCUCUGAGACCGAGCAGGGAAACGAUGAGGAAUCCGAGGACGACUUUGAGGAGAUGAAUCUUUCCCUCCUCUCAGCUCGCAACUUCCCCCGGAAAGCCAGCCAGACCAGCAUCUUUCUGCAGGAGUGGGACAUUCCCUUCGAGCAGCUGGAGAUCGGAGAGCUGAUCGGCAAGGGCCGCUUCGGGCAGGUGUUCCACGGCCGCUGGCACGGCGAGAUAGCCAUCCGCCUCAUCGACAUUGAGCGGGACAACGAGGACCAGCUGAAGGCCUUCAAGCGGGAAGUGAUGGCUUACCGGCAGACGCGGCAUGAGAACGUGGUGCUGUUCAUGGGGGCCUGCAUGAGCCCUCCCCACCUGGCCAUCAUCACUAGGUAA